AUGCGACCAGAGGAGCAGCCGGAGGCUCCCAGCGGGCCAUGGCGCGCGGCGUCCGUCUUCACCAUGGGCGCUGUCGGCCUCUUAUGCAAAGGUUUCCUGACCGGGCUGAGCAAGGUGGAGACGCACGGAAUGGAGGGCUUCUUGAAGCUGCUGGACGAGAGGGAGGACCCGGCGAGUAGAGAGAGGGGCCUGAUUACUGUCUCGAACCACAUCUCCGUAAUGGAUGAUCCGAUAUUAUGGGGCAUACUGCCUCUCAGCUACAUGUUCAACCCAGACAACCUGCGCUGGGGACUGGGCAGCUACGACUUGUGCUUUACCAACAAAGGACUGUCAACAUUCUUCACCUUCGGGCAGGUUCUCCCUACACAUCGAUCGGCGCAUUCUCAAUUCGGCGGCCUCUUCCAGCCUACCAUAACGCAAGCGAUCCGUCUCCUCUCGCGCGGGCCGUUCUACGAGCAAGACGCACCAGUAAAGCCUACAACGUCUCUCAAGAGCCCGGAUCUGAUCGACCCCUUCACUGACGGCCACCUCACAUUCUCUACAAAUGGACAGGACACGUUUCCUGCGCCCUCAGCAUAUCUCAGCCGGCGGCAUGCAUGGGUACACAUCUUCCCAGAAGGCAUGAUCCACCAAAGUGAAGACCGGAUCAUGCGCUACUUCAAAUGGGGAGUAUCUCGACUGAUACUGGAGAGCGACCCGAUGCCAGACAUCGUUCCCAUCUUCAUUGAAGGCUUCGACAAUAUCAUGCAUGAGACGCGCACAUUCCCACGCUUCAUACCACGGCCGUUUAAAAACGUUCGAGUGACAUUUGGCGAGAAACUGGAUACUGAAGAGGUGUUUGGCGAUUUGCGCGCACGCUGGAAACAGAUGCGCGCAACUGAGGAGCGGAAGGAGGGCCAACUCGAGGUCGGUGUGCUAAAUGAAAAGCUCAAAUACUCUCCAGAGGCUGUCAGCAUACGCAAAGAAUGCACGCGACGGAUGCGGCAGGCAGUACUGGACGUUAGGCGGCAGCGCGGAUACCCUGAAGAUGACCCCAAGAACAGCCUCGCAGAGACAUGGUUGAGAGAAGGCCCAGGUAGAGAGGGUCGCAAGGAAGAUGGCAGCAUCACAAAAGACACAUGA